UGACCGUUACAGAAAUGCACAAACUCCCCUCAGUCUUUCCACUAACCGGACAUCACAUAGAACAAUUCCUUCAUCGAUCUUCACACCCCCAAGUGGCGCCUCAUUGUUCUUGCCGGCGCCACUGCCACCUGUCCCAAAUCAUCGUACAAUAAAUGCACCAAUCAUUACACACACACACACAACCUCGACUUCCUCGAACAUGGAUCGCCUCCUCACCCUCGACCCCUCCAACGUCGUCCCCCUCAGAGUCGAGCCCGGCCACCGCUCCGCCGCCGGCGCCGUCACCCUCCGCAACGUCAUGUACACCAUGCCCGUCGCCUUCCGCCUCCUCCCGGCCGACCGGAAUCGCUACGCCGUCGCGCCGCCGUCGGGGAUAAUUUUGCCGCUAAAAAGUAUCACAAUUGAAAUCACUUACCUCGACGUUUCCGGCGGGUUGCCGACGACGGCGCCGUACUGUGACGAUAAAUUUGAGUUGCAGAGCGUGGUGGCGCCGGCGUAUGAGGCGGCGGGGGCGGCGGCGCCGCCCCCGCCGGAGUGGUUUACGAAUAAGAAGAAACAGGUGUAUUCGGAUUUGGGGAUUAGGGUUUUUUUUGUUGGAUCGGUUGUUUUGGUGAAAUUAGUGACGGCGGGGAGGAUGGAGGAGGUUAGGGAGGUUUUGGAGCGGAGCGACGCCGCCUGGAGAUCUGCCGACGCGGCGGCGGACGGUGGCGGACGGCGGCGGUUGUUGCAUUUGGCGAUUGAACAAGGGAGGGCUGAUUUGGUUCAGUUGUUGCUGGAAUUUGAUGCGGAUGUGGAGGGAAAUGGACGGUCAGGAUUGAGUCCGUUGGAGGCGGCGGUGGCGGCCGGCGAGGGGUUGAUUGUGGAGCUUUUGCUGGCGAAGGGGGCGUCGCCGGCGAGGGCGGUGUACAUGGCGGCGAGGGGCGGAGAUGCGGAGGUUUUGGGGUUGUUAUUGGUGAAGGGAGGGAGCGCCGACGCGGCGGUGGACGGGGAGGCGCCGCUGCACGCGGCGGUGGCGGGGCGGCGGAGGGAUUGCGUGCGGUUGUUGUUGGGGAACGGGGCGAAGGCCGACGCGCAGAGCGCACGUGACGGGGAGACGCCGCUGCACGUGGCGGCGAGGAUCGGCGACGAGCAGAUGGUGAGGAUGCUGCUGAGCAAAGGCGGGGAUAAGUAUGUGAUAAAUAAGGCCGGCCGGACGGCGUACGACGUGGCGGCCGAGAACGGCCACGCGCGGCUGUUCGACGCGCUGAAAUUGGGGGAUAGGCUGUGCGCGGCGGCGCGUAGGGGGGACGUUAGGGUUUUGGGGAGGGUUCUGGACGGCGGCGCGUCGAUCAACGGCCGGGAUCAGAAUGGGUGGACGGCGCUGCACAGGGCGGCGUUCAAGGGGCGCGUGGCGGCGGCGCGUGCGCUGAUUGAUCGGGGAAUUGAGGUUGACGCGCGGGACAGGGAAGGGUAUACGGCGCUGCACUGCGCGGUGGAGGCGGGGCAGGCGGAGGUGGCGGAGCUGCUGGUGAAGAAGGGGGCGGACGUGGCGGCGGCGACGGCGAAGGGGGCGACGGCGGUGGGGAUGGCGGAGGCGAUGGAGUACAAGGGGAUAGUGAGGAUACUUGAGCAGGGCGUGAAGGAGGGUUUUGACGGCGGCGAUACGGCGGAGAGGAAGGUGGAGCGGCGGAGGUUGCGGCGGCGGAGCUUUGGACAAUCGACGCCGUUGGCGGUGGUUUAGAUGCCGGAAAAUGGAAUCAUUUUAUUUUUAAACAUUAUUAUUAUUAUUAUAUGUUAGAAAACAGUGUAUAAUUAGAACGAUUAGGAGUACUAUUUUUAAAUGGAAUUAAAUUUAUAUUAUUAUUAA